CACGUUUUCAGUUCGAAUCAUGGGCACUGCGAAGCCGUCCAGAAAGAAACAGCGCAAGUACAACAAGCGCUCUAAUAUUCAACUGAAAAAAUACACAAAGGGCGAGGCUGUUCGAUUCAUAACCCGAUCAGCUGCAAUGCGUAAACUUCAAGUCUCUCUGAGAAGUUUCCGUCGGCUCUGUAUUCUAAAGGGAAUUUAUCCAGUUCAACCACAAAACAUUAAACAAGCCAAUAAAGGAAACCCGACUAAGACUACAUUUUAUUUGCUGAAAGAUGUCAAAUUUUUGCAAAAUGAACCACUGUUGCAGAAGUUUCACGAGCAGAGAAUAUUCGUAAAACGAAUCAAGAAAGCAGUGGGUCGUCGCGAAUAUUCACAAGCAGAAGAGCUAGAUGAUAGGUUCCCUAAAGUAAAGUUGGACCAUUUAGUGUUUGAAAGAUACCCAUCCUUCGAAAUGGCGCUCAAUGAUGCGGAUGACGCGUUAUGUGCAAUCUUUUUGUUCGCAACGUACCCGCCGAAUGAAACGAUAUCGGCAAAAUUAGUUCACAUGUGUCAACGACUUGCAGCUGAGUUCUUUAAUUACGUCAUAUAUUCACGUAGUUUGAGAAAAGUUUUCAUAUCGAUUAAGGGGUAUUACUACGAGGCAGAAAUAUUCGGCCAGAAGAUUGUAUGGCUACAACCACAUCAGUUUACGCAACCAGUGCCUCGACUCGUAGAUUUCAGAGUAAUGAGGACCUUUCUAGAUUUCUACGUGUACCUUGUCGGUUUUAUUAACUUCAGACUGUUCAACAGUAUUAAUUUGGUCUACCCGCCUAAAUUGACGAAAUCUGAUAAAGAGUUAGAGACUGAAUACUUGAUUGCAUUCAACUCGCAUUUGUGCAAGCUAGCCGAAGUCCAAAAUACAGAAGAAGUUGAAUUGGAUUUGUUUGAAGAUACAAAUGAAGCUAUUAAACAGCAAAAUGAGGAAAUCGAAGAAUUGAACACGUUCAAAAAGUUAUUUGAAGGUUGCAAGUUUUUCAUUUCACGUGAGGUACCUCGUGAGCAGUUUGCGUUUGUGAUUCGCAGUUUCGGAGGCGAAGUUUCUUGGAGCGAAACCCAAGGUCUGGGAUCUACAUUCCCAGAAUCGGAUACAAAAAUUACUCAUCAGAUAGUUGACAGAAAUACCGUUUCUGAUAGAAAACUGACCCGGUUUUAUAUCCAGCCUCAGUGGGUAUUUGACUGCGUGAAUGCGCGUAGUUUGAUUCCGAUGGAACCGUACUUCCCGGGAAAGACUCUCCCGCCCCAUGUUUCGCCUUUCACUGCGGAUGCCAGUAGAAAUGCGACAUCGUAUAUCCCGGUAGAGAGCCAGUUGUUGGCGCGCAAGAAGGCAGCGGAGGAUUUGAAAAAUCCAGAUAAUGCGAAAGAAGAAAGUUCAGAUGAGGGCGUAAGUUCAGAAGAUGAAGACGAUGAAAAUGAAGUUCCGACUAAACAUGGCAAGAAAGAGGUCAAAAGUGCCUCUAGUGCUAUCAAAAAGAAACCGGUAACUCCUGGAAAGAAGGUAGAAAAUAAAAAGGCCGAUUUCCCGGAAACGCAUGACGAGGAGUUGUUGGCGAAGCAGCUUCCAAAAAGAAGGCGAUACUAUUACAAUGCUAGCAAGCGGCGUGAGCAGUCGAUAGUUGACAAGGCCGACAAUUUAGAAAAGAAAAGAAAAAUUGUUGAUGAUGUAAAACGUCUGAGCCGAAAAGCUGCUGCUAGCAAAUAAAAUAUCGUCUGAAAAA